AUGUCGCAGAAGCUACAAGAGCAAACAUUCCACAAAUCCGUCUCCAAAGUGCUCUUAGUAUCGCAGUUUUUCGGCUUGUUGCCUGUUUCCAACAUAUUGGCAGACGAUGUUCAACGCAUUCACUAUUCCUGGUGCAGUGUCCACAGCGUGUAUUCGGGCGCUAUAAUAAUAUUGAAUACUUUGGAAUUUUGCACUGUGGGAUAUUUAGUAUUCAAAGCAGGAUUGAAUUUCCACAACUCAGGUACAAUAUCUUUGUUUGUGGUUUGCAUGCUGGAGCACUUUUACUUUUGGCGUUUGGCAACGCAGUGGCCACUCAUAAUGCGUGUUUGGCGUCGCACCGAAGAAAUUUUUCUACGACCUCCCUAUCAUAUUUAUGCGACUUAUAAUAUGAAGGCACGCAUUUACGCACUCAGCUCUCUGGUCAUGUGUAGCGCUAUGGUGGAACAUUCCUUUCUUGUAUUUAAUUCGUUUCACCACAGUAAUAUAGAGAGAGUUCAAUGCAAAUAUAAUGUCUCCUUUUGGGAAAGUCUCUACAGGCGCGAGAGACCACAUUUAAGUAGAGUUCUGCCAUUUAGCAUAUGGUAUUUACCUGUGGUGGAGUGGAUUAAUUUAACUUUGGCUUACCCGCGGUCCUUUACCGAUGCCUUUAUAAUUUGCGUGAGCGUUGGAUUAGCUGCUCGAUUUCAUCAAUUGUACUUACGGAUUGAAGCCGUUCACAACAAGGCUCUACCAACCCUCUUUUGGACUGAGGUGCGUGAACAUUUUCUGGAGUUGCUUCACCUGAUGCGUUUGCUUAACGACAAUAUCGCUCCGCUGAUUUUGUUAGCUUGCAGUAAUAAUAUGUAUUUUAUCUGUUUUCAGCUUUUCAAUAGUUUUCAAAAUAUCGGUGUCGAUCUUAUUGCUGUUUUUGCUUUUUGGUAUUCGUUGUUCUUUGCAAUUUUUCGCACGAUCCUCACAUUACUCACAGCCUCCUCUGUUAAUGAUUACAGUAAGAAAAUAUUGUUGACUCUGCGUAGUGUGCCAAGUACCUCGUGGUGUACUGAGGCUCAACGCUUCAGCGAACAAUUGGCUUUCGAUUUGACGGCUUGGUCAGGCUGUGGAUUUUUCUUUAUUACACGACAACUAAUUUUGGCGAUGGCUAGCACAAUCUUUACCUAUGAGGUAAUGGUAACCGAUGUUAUCAAUAAAGGCGCUAUCCAACAGAAUGCAUGAGAAGAGGCCAAUGAAUUUGUAGACAAAGAGAAAACAAAAUUAAAGGAUAAUCACAAUAUAUUGUAUUUAUAUUUAUA